UGGUACAAACACGCCGAGAUCUUUGCCCCAAGAUGAAAGAAGAAUUAACAAGCUAAACCUGUCAUGGUCAAUUGCUCAACGCACUGCGCAGAAGUUCUGUGGGCACACCACUGAAAUACGCUGUAUGGGGCACACUCGGCACAACUGACAGAAAAUCUAGCGGCUUGGGUCUCUCGUGGUUCUCAGCCCCUCCUCUUUGCCGAGAUCUGCGAGUUUUGAAUGGACGUUUAUGUAAAAUCCUUUAUGGUUGGAGAAGAUUGCUCAAGCGCGGUAGGGAGGCGUUGCUUAGAAAAAAGCGAAAUCUACUCGUGUUUUAACGAAAGUGUGUGAUUGUUCGCUAUUUAGGAACAUCUCAUUGAAUUUUUUUUAGGAACAUGGUAGACUGCGACCUGUCUCGCGUGCUUUGUAUUCUGCGAUCAGUUUAUCCUGUUGUGCUGAACAUCGAGGAGUUUUCGCAAAGCAUAGUGUACAAAGAUGGAAAGAAAGCCUCUUUAAUUGAGCCAUCUGACAGCAACUACAUCAAAACGUUAGCCAGAAGAGUGUUUAUUUGUACAGACAAAUUGCUGCACCAACACGUGGCAAGCAGCCAACAGAUUUCAACGCUGUCGGAGCUGCUGGCUUUUGUGGUGAACUGUGCUAAGAAGAAGAAGAGGAGAAAUGUUCUGUGCCUGGGGUACACACUGGAGCGCAGGGGAGCUGACCAGCUGUGCCUCCAGGGUGUUAUCACGCAAAACGCCAGCUUCAUCAUCUUCAACAAGUUAUGGAAGACUGUCAAUGAACGACUGGGUACCGACGUCACCAAGUACCUGCUGGAGAGCUGCGCCGUGUUUGCGACGGUGCCUCCCUCCUGCCUAUUACAGUUGUGCGGGGUGCCCUUCUAUAGCUGCGUCACUAUGGAAACUCAUUCCACAUUCCAGUUUGUCAAGAGCAGAUCCAGGUUGCUGCCGACACUGCACAGGUACAGAGCAGGUCACGUCGGUGGUCACACACAGAAGAAGAGCGCUGGCAGGGCCUCUGAUAGGAGGAGAAAAAGGAAGAGGAAAAGAGUUCUGGGGAAACGGAAUGUUAUUGAACGGAAAGAGGAUAGAGAGAACGAGGGGGAGGCUGCAGACAUUGGGCCAGUUCCCAAACGGAUGAGAAACCAGUGCGAGGUAAAUGGACAGAGGGCCGAGAGCUGCUGGAAGGGGGCCGCUGACCAGCAGGAGGGGGGUCCUUACUGGAGGGUGGGAGCAUUUAACCCCUGUUCCCCUUCCCGUACUUUCAUUUGCACCCGUGGCCUGAUGUACAGGGGGCGGGGCCUGACAGGCUUCCUGCGCGACAGGAAACAGAGGGGAGGAGCCGAGGGCGGGAAGCGCCUGCAGGGCCGAGACCUGGUGCGGCUCAUCUUCUUCGACAGGGCGCCGCGCUUGGGCGGCCAAGACGGGACGACGAAAAAACUGCCCAAACGCUUCCACAACAUGGUGGCCACUUUUGACCAGUUCCUCCUCCGGCACCGGAGGUUUUCUUACGUCAACCUUCUGCAAAAGACCUGCCCUGUGGCUGUCGGGCAAGCCGAGGACCUGAGCGCCCUCCUGGCUCUGCACUCUUCGCCCUUCAGCGUUUACUGCUUUGUCCGCCAGUGCCUCUGCUGGGUGGUUCCUAAGGAGCUCUGGGGCUCCGCCCACAACCGUGUUCACUUCCUGUCUCGCGUGAAGGCCUUCCUGUCCAUGGGCAGGUUUGAUCGCCUCUCCCUCUCUGAACUGGUGUGGAAGAUGAGGGUGAAGGACUGCGACUGGCUCAAGAUCAGUAAAACUGGCCGCAUUCCUGCAAGUGAGCACCGAUACAGGGAGAGGCUGCUGGGUCGCUUUCUGGAAUGGCUGCUGGAGGGGUACGUCGUGGGCCUGGUCCGGGCCGUGUUCUACGUCACGGAGAGCGGCAGCCAGAAGAACAUCUUGCGCUUUUACAGGGCCAAGGUUUGGGACAGGCUCCAGCAGCUGGGCUUCAGCAAGCUGCUUUCAAAAGGGCAGUGGGAACCCCUGACUGCCAAGCAGGGGACGGCACUCCAAAAAUCCACGGUCGUGUCCCAUCUACGCUGCAUUCCCAAGCAGGACGGCCUGAGGCCUAUCGUCAGGGUCAUGAGGAAGGAUGCGCAGGCACGGAAGUUCCAGGCCAGUGUUAAGGACCUGCAUGAUGUUCUGCGGGUGUGCGUUGAGGAGAGACCCUCCCUGCUGGGCGCCACGGUGUUUGGGGUUCAGGAUAUACACAGGGUCCUGGGUCAGUUUGCAGCUGCUCAGAAGGACAACCCCUGCCCCCUGUAUUUCGUGAAGAUGGAUGUGAGUGGGGCCUAUGACAGCCUGCCCCAUGACAAGCUGCUGGAGGUGGUGAGUGAGGUCCUGUCUCCGGUCCUGGAUGAGGUGUUCUCAAUCCGCUGCUACGCCCAGGUGUGGGCAAAUUCCAGCCAGACUUUGAGGAAGGUCUUCCGCCGACAGGUGCAGCGGACCUCUGGAGCAACUACUGUUGUAGCAAGAAAGCUGGACAACACAGAGCUGUCCAUGAAGGACUUUGUGAUGGACCUUCAGAGGGAGCGAAAGGUUCACGAUGCCAUAUUGGUGGAACAGUACUUAUCAUCGGAUAUUCAUGGCAGUGACGUCCUGAAAUUCUUCAAACAGAUGCUCUCAAACUACAUCAUUCAGUUCGGAAAGAAAAUGUUCCGGCAGUGCCGUGGGAUCCCGCAGGGGUCGGUGGUGUCCACACUGCUGUGCUGCCUGUGCUACGGACACAUGGAGAAUGCUCUACUGAGACCCCUGCUGGACGGAGGAGGGUGCUUAAUGAGGUUGGUUGACGAUUUCCUGCUCAUCACUCCUGAUCUCGGCAAAGCGCAGACCUUCCUCAGGACUCUGCAGGGGGGUGUGGCCGAAUACGGCUGUUUUAUUAACCCUCAGAAGGUGGCGGUGAAUUUCCCCCUGGCUGACGGCUGCUCGGAUGUCCAGGUGCUUCCCUCCAGAUCCUUGUUUCCGUGGUGUGGUCUUUUGGUGGACACCUCCACGCUGGACGUCUACAAUGAUUACUCCUGUUAUGCUGGCCGAUCGCUGCGCAGUACCUUGACACGUGGCUGUAUCCCACAUGCCGGGCAGCAGAUGAAGAGGAAGCUCUUGUCGAUCCUCAGACUGAAGUGCCACGCCCUUUUCCUUGACUUGAAGAUGAACUCCCAGAAGGCCGUGUGUCAAAAUGUUUACAAGUUUGUACUACUCCAGGCCUACAGAUUUCACGCAUGCGUCCAGAAUCUGCCCUUUGGUCAGAAGGUGAACAGGAACCCUCCCUUCUUUCUGCUUGUGAUAUGGGAGAUGGCCAAGUGCACCAGCCUGCUUGUCAGGCAGAACAACCGCGGAGUACCCCUACCCGUGGACCUCCGCUAUGAAGCAGUGCAGCUGAUGUACUGUGUUUCCUUCCUCUAUGUUAUGUCCCAGCAUAAGGGCCUCUACAAGUGCCUGCUCUCACGCCUUCGCAAGUGCAAGGUCCGCUUGGAGAGGAAGCUGAGAGGCCUGAAACUGGCCCUUGUCCAACGUGCAUUCACGCCUGUGAUCCCCGAAGACUUCAAACUUAUUAAGGUGUAGAGGAGCUGCCUUUUCUACAGUGAAUCUGAAGACUACCUCUCCGAGAAUCUUUUCUUGUUUGGACGGAUAUCCAGCAGUCAUCUGCAAUCUUUUUUUUUAAAAUCCUACCUCAUGCAAGAAGUGGUCUGGAUGUACUGUGCAUAAGGAUAUGUUUACAUAUAUUUUUUUAUUUAACCUUUAUUUAACUAGGGGAAAAAAACCCCACUGAGAUGGAAAUCUCUUUUGUGAGGGGGACCAUGCACAUUAAGCGCGGUUCAACAGCACUUGGUAUCUGCAUUCUGCAUCCCACAUUAUCUCUUUGUCACACUAUGUAUAGUCUGCUGUUGCAGAGUGGAUUUUUUUUUUUGUUGUUUUUUGUCAGAUUCAGUUUUGUGUGUGGCCAAAUGUGCAUGGAUUUUGUUGAACUUUGGUUAAUAGAAGUUGCCCAAACCAUUUUGAUAAAAUUUCUUUCUGAUGU